AUGGCUACUGUCACUGCUACCGUGACCGACUUCGUCGUAUCCACGGUCACAAAGGCGGCUGCGGCUGCCAGUACGACCUCGGGCAACCGCGCUGCACCUCAGGCCGGUGUCCUUGAGGGUGCGAGUCCCGUAGCAUGGAGCAAGUCUAAUCCCAUCCAACUGUUUAUUGUUCAGGCUGUCAUCAUUAUCGUCUUCUGUCGCCUGCUUCACUAUCCGCUGUCUCUGCUUGGCCAGCCUCGGGUCAUUGCAGAGGUCAUUGGCGGCAUUCUGCUUGGUCCAUCUGUGAUGAUGCGCAUACCGCACUUCCAGUCCACCAUCUUUGUCACCGAUUCCAUGCCCGUUCUCAGCAAUGUUGCCAACUUGGGUCUAAUCAUCUUCCUCUUUCUUGUCGCCCUCGAGGUGGACAUUCGACUCUUCACCCAUAAUUGGCGGAUAGCCCUGAGCGUCGGCCUGGCUGGCAUGAUUAUACCUUUUGGCCUUGGAUUUGCUAUUGCUUGGGGCUUGUACCACCAGUUCCAUGAGGAACCUGACACUGUUCCCAUCAGCUUCGGGGUCUACGGCCUAUUCAUAGGCACAGCUUUGGCUAUCACUGCUUUCCCCGUUCUCUGCCGAAUCUUAACGGAGCUCAAGCUCUUGGGCACAGGUGUAGGUGUGACGGUCUUGGCCGCGGGUAUCGGCAAUGAUGUUGUUGGUUGGAUUCUCUUGGCUCUCUGCGUUGCUCUCGUCAAUAACUCCAGUGGACUGGCAGCCCUAUACGCAUUGCUUUGCGUUAUUGGCUGGGCGCUGUUUCUGGUCUUCCUUGUUCGACCCGGUUUCAUGUGGUGCCUGAGAAAGACUAAUAGUAUCCAAAAUGGUCCUACCCAAGGCAUUGUAGCGCUAACAAUGCUGAUGGUGCUGAUUUCAGCAUGGUUCACAGGUAUCAUUGGCGUCCAUCCCAUCUUCGGGGCGUUCCUUAUCGGUCUCAUUUGUCCCCACGAUGGCGGUUUCGCUAUUAAAUUGACCGAGAAGAUUGAAGAUCUCAUCUCUGUGGUGUUUUUGCCCCUAUACUUCGCCCUCUCAGGUCUAAGCACGGAUUUGGGGCUGCUGAACGAUGGCAUCGCUUGGGCCUACGUUGUCGGCGUCAUAGCCUGCGCGUUCGCUGGCAAAAUCAUCGGCGGUACUUUGGCAGCACGUUUGAACAAACUGGAAUGGAGGGAAAGUUUCACUAUCGGCUGUUUGAUGAGUUGCAAAGGUCUUGUAGAGCUUAUCGUGCUGAACAUUGGUUUGAAUGCCAAGAUUUUGUCUCAAAAGACGUUCACGAUUUUCGUGGUAAUGGCGCUGGUCACAACAGUCUCUACAACGCCUCUCACAAAGUGGCUGUAUCCGCCGUCAUAUCAAAAGAAGAUUGAGCUGUGGAGGAAGGGCGAGACGGACAAGGACGGCAAUCCCAUACACUCACCGGCCUCUUCCCAGCGAGAGUCUAUUGAGAAGCUGAACGCUGGCCAAAUCCGCCGGCUUCUCGUCUACCUUCGUCUUGACAGCCUUCCAAGUGUCUUCACUUUCGUUGCACUGCUUGGCGGGGAGUCGAAGCCGACACCACAGCUUUCAGCGGACACGGCCGAUCAUUCAGGGACCUCAAUUGAGGAUCAGCCAUCUACUCCCAUCAUCCAGAAGCGACCCCUCGAAGUACAUGCCCUGCGUGUCCUCGAACUCACAGAACGUACUUCGUCUGUCAUGCAAGUGACGGAGGGCGAAGACUAUUACGCUCAGCGAGAUCCCGUCGUGAAUGCCUUCCGGACUUUCUCACGGCUGAAUGAUGUUGCUGUGUCCGGAAAGGUUGCUGUUGUUCCUACCUCUUCUUAUGCCGAAGUCGUCACGAAUCAAGCCGCAGAUAUUGCCUCGGAUUUUGUUCUUGUCCCUUGGAGCGAAUAUGGCAGUGUGACUGAGGACCAGUCAGUCCCCUUCACCAUUUCUGCCAAUGACCGGUACCAAGGCAAGACUCACCUCGAUUUCAUUCAACAAACCUUGGCAAAGGCGGUUUGUAACACGGGUAUCUUUGUGAACAAGGGCUUUGGAGGCUUAGAGAUGGGUGGUCGUCCCCAGCUUACAAGGAGUAUCAGUGCUAUGUCUAUGCGCAGCCAUCGCGACAAAGCAGCCAUGCCAGUCAAGAACAAGUCUCACCAGAUUUUCCUUCCGUUCUUCGGCGGCGUCGACGACCGGGUUGCUCUGCGCCUCGUCCUGCAGCUGGCUAAAAAUCCUAACGUUUCUGCAAUUAUCGCCCAUUUCAGCCUGCCUUCAGAUGAUGGGUACGAGAUUGCAGUUCCACAACAAGCUGCGGUUGCCGGUGGCAGUCACGAUGAGCAUGGAAAGUCGGAAGCUGCCGACAAGACUCUGGUUGUUGAAGACAUUUCGGCGUCAGAUCUUGCACUUUUGUCGACACUUCAGUCAUCACUUCCACCCGAGUUGGUUGGACGUGUGACUUUUAUGGAGAUACCAGUCACAUCCAGCACAGUCAUGCCACAGAUCUUAAGCAAGGCCAAGGAGUACGUCGGAAACACCCCUUCAAAUGCCGGCGAUAUCAUCGUCGUCGGACGAAAGCACCUGCGCCUUGGCGACGGCAGCAUCGAAAUCGGGGGUGGCUCCUUGAAGAACACGGUUGGUGUUGUUGGCGAACAGGUCAUCGUGAGCGGAGUCAAGGCUAGCGUUCUGGUCGUCCAGGCCGGAGGGCGUGGUUUGGAGAUGUAA